UAAACCCAUACUCUUCCACUCCGCCAAGCGCCUGGUCUCCACUCUGCCCGCGCCGUCGCCGUCGCCGUCGCCGUUUCCGUCGAAGUGCUGUGUAGCUGGUUUUUCGACUCACUAUUUCUCUUCCUUUAUUAAUUAGAUGCCUCGGAGGCCUUUAAGGCGCAGCCAAUUGGUGAAGCAUCAUCCUCUGACCUUUUCGCCGUUUUCUCGGUCAAUUGCUCAAGUUGGCUUUAUUUCCAUGGGUAACCAUCAAAAGAACGGAUCUCUCAUCCAUAAAAGCAACGUUCCAUCCAGUUCUGCAGGUAAAGAAUCGGUGGAUAACAAUGUGGAAUCUGAAAGUGAUGAGAUUGAGCCUUCAGAUGACGAAGAGUUUGAUGGAGUUAUCCAAGCCGAUUUUGAGUUCUUUGAUCCAAAACCUGACGAUUUCCAUGGAGUGAAGACGUUGCUUCAGACUUAUCUUGAUGUUAAAGAAUGGGAUUUGAGUGGUUUUGCCGACUUGAUCUUGGGACAGCCAACAGUGGGGACUGUUGUUAAAGUUGCAGAUGACGAAGAUAAUGGGAUUUUCUCUGUUGUUAGUGCCCUUAACUUGUACAGAUAUAAGGACCAUAAAUGUAUUGUGGAAAUCAAGGAGUUUCUUCGUAGAGUAUGCCAGGAAAAGAACAUGAGAGAUGAUUUGAAAUCACUUUUGGGUGAGGAAGCGCGUAAUGUUGGUCUCUUGGUCUCUCAGCGUGUGAGUAAUCUCCCGCCCCAGCUCUUGCCGCCUCUUUAUGAUGCUCUUUUCGAUGAAGUCUCCUGGGCUACAGAAGAUGAGCCUACAGAGGAGCUUAGAAAAUCAUUCUGCUUUAAGUUCUAUUUAGUAAUCACAAAAUUUUACGAGCUAAAGAGUACAAGCCAGAAAAGGAGGCAGAACAGUAAGACCUCAGGUGAUGAGGAAACAAUAUAUGUAAAGCCAGAAGAUGAAAUCUUCCACAAGCUCAGCUUGUGGUCCGUAUCUUUUCCUUUGCAAACUCAGCCUGUUCCACCUCAUGAGUUAAGGAACUACCGGCUAAUGGGGUUAGUCAUGGUUGUGGAAGCGGAGAAGAUUCCAACAGUUCGACAGGAGUUGAAGAGUUUAAUAUCUGAAUCUUAAGUCUAAAACAGUCUACACUGCCAAAUUUUUUAUUUGCUGCAUAUUUAUGUUUCCAUUAACACCUUUGGAAGCUUUCAGGUUUGCUGAACUCAAAUCACUGCACAUUUCUUUACCGGCUGUGGCUCUGCCAAAUUUUGAUUGUUCUUUUCUGGCCGCGCUGACUUCUCUUUGGUUUUGUUUUUCGUUUUUCGUUUUGUGUUUUUUCUGUUUUCUUUUGGAAAGACUGACUUUUCUUUUGUUACUUCUAUAGCCUUUUCUCUCGUUAAGAUCUACAAUUUUGUAAGCAUUUUCAACUUACUCUCAAUUUUUCCGGGCAGUCGUUAUUCUGCCCUUUCUGUACUAUUUUACAAUUAUUUUCGUUUUUUUUUUUUCUU